GCUAAAGAGAAGAGACUAGCCGCAGCAGGGGUGGUUCUUCUCUGCGUUUUUAUUGCAUGUGUGUGAGGGUUACUGGCCCUGUUUAACAGAGCAAUGGAGCUUUUUCGUGCUUGCAGCGGCUGAUCAGCGUCUCAUCCCUCCACCAGCUUCCCCUGUUACCUUCAUAAAAGCUUCAUCUGUAUCAGCUGGACUCUUACUGACCUGUGUAUUAAGAUAGUGUGAGGACAGUAAUGACCGCACGCUUCCGGUUGCCUGCUGGCCGAAGCUCCGAUGUGGGAGAGUCCGAAGUGGUACAAGAAAGAUCAAGCUCCCAGGUGGUGUGUAACGUUUUACUGCUGGACAACACAGUGCAGGAAUUCAGAGUAAAUAAACAGGAUCAGGGUCAGGUCUUGUUGGAUGCAGUCUUUAAACAUCUGGAUCUGACAGAGCGAGACUACUUUGGACUUCAGAUCACUGAUGACUCCUCAGAAUCCCAGAGGUGGCUGGAACCAAGCAAACCUAUAAGAAAGCAACUAAAAAGGGUCACUCCAAAUCACUUGAGCUUCAGGGUGAAGUUCUUUGUAAGCGAUCCAAGCAAACUACAAGAGGAAUACACAAGGUACUUGUACUUUCUGCAGUUAAAACAGGACAUUCUGACUAGAAGGUUACCGUGUUCCCAGAAUGCCGCAGCUCUUCUGGCCUCGUACGCCCUACAGGCCGAACUGGGGGACUACAGCCAGUCUGAGCACUCGCCCGGAUAUCUUUCAGAAUAUGGCUUCGUCCCAAAUCCGUCCGAGGAUUUCGAGAAGGAGGUGGCCAAACUGCACCAGCAGCACACUGGAUUAAGUCCAGCUCAGUCAGAGUUUAACUACUUGAACGCUGCCAGUUCGUUAGAGCUGUACGGAGUUGAACUGCACUAUGCCCGGGACCAGAGCAACACUGAGGUUCACAUUGGAGUGAUGGCUGCUGGGAUUUGUAUUUAUAAGAACAUGAUACGAGGCAGCCACCUUCCAUGGGGGAAAAUAGUCAAAAUCUCUUUUAAAUCAAAGCAGUUUUUUAUCCAUCUCAGAAAAGAACCGAGCAAAAGCAAGGAGUCCCUGUUGUGCUUCAGCAUGAUGAACUACAGAGCGUGUAAAAACGUGUGGAAGGCCUGCGUGGAGCACCACACCUUCUUCCGACUUGAGCGACCCCUGCCCCCCCAAAGAAACUUCUUCACCCACUACUUCACCCUCGGUUCCAAGUUUCGCUACUGUGGGAGGACGGAGGCACAGUCUGUUCAGUACGGAAAGGAGCAAGGGGUGAAGGACAGGGUGUUCGCCAGGUCACCCAGCAAGCCACUGGUCAGGAGGCUGGUUAGCAGGACAGACUGGGAGACGGUGAGCCACAACUCCGUAUCAGACGAACGCCUGGAGACCCAGAGUCUACCCAAUCGCUCCUGCCCCGGCUCACCCAAUCACUCCAUGUUUGCUCCGGACGGCACCCGGAUCCGGCCGUGCUCCGUCGGGCACCUGGUAGACCACGUGAUCGACGACUCCGUGUGCCAGACUUACGCUAAUCACAAGUCCGCAUCCUCCACCCAGGCUAACAGCAUCAGUCUGGACUCCACUCCGUCACCUGACGGUGUUAUAGAGCCGCCUGCACUUCCACCGAAACAGUCUCGGAAAACCCAUAUCGGCAGAUCCCCGUCCGAGCUAGAGCUGGAUGAUCAAUCCUGCGAACUAUAUGAUGUACCUGUGACCACAGACAAGAGCAUGAAUGGUGCUGUUCCUCAUGACAACCUUGUCCUGAUCAAAAUAAAACCGGAUGAACACGGACGUUUCGGAUUCAACGUCAAGGGUGGCGCUGAUCAGAGAAUGCCAAUCAUCGUGUCCCGUGUUGCUCCUGGAACUGCGGCUGACCUGUGUGUGCCACGCCUUAACGAGGGCGACCAGGUGGUGCUGAUUAAUGAGAGAGACAUCUCCGACUGUACGCAUGAUGAAGUGGUGAUGUUAAUUAAGGCCAGCUGUGAAAACCAAUCAGGAGAGCUUAUUCUGCAAGUCAGACCCAAUGCGAUCUACGAUGUGGACGAGGAGGAAGAGGACAAGCUGGACUUGGAGCCAGAGUUCCAGUUCAUUUCGGGAAGUUGUUCUGUCGACGGGUCCCUCUCAGAGUCCGAUGAAUGCAAGUCGUCGUUCCAGCUGCUGAAAGACGGACUCAGCAGCGGCUCGGUUCUUACUCAGUUUGAGCAACUGUAUCGAAAAAGACCCGGAAUGUCCAUGUCCUGUGCAAAGUUGCCCAAGAACGUCUCUAAAAAUCGCUAUCGAGAUAUUUCUCCAUAUGACACAACUCGAGUCGUUCUGAGAGGAUCGGAGGACUACAUCAAUGCAAACUACAUCAACAUGGAGAUACCAGGUGGAGGUGGCGUAAGGCGAUACAUUGCAUGCCAGGGUCCACUACCCAACACCUGUGGUGAUUUCUGGCAGAUGGUAUGGGAGCAAAACUCCACCCUGGUGGUCAUGCUAACUACACAGGUGGAACGUGGACGGGUGAAGUGUCACCAGUACUGGCCGAACGUUUCCGCGACCGGCACUUACGGCGACUUCCAAGUAUCGUGUGUAAACGAGGAUGGAAACUCAGGGAACUCAUACCUGCUCAGAGCUCUGACGCUUACACAUCUGGAGAGUAAAGAAGAGCGGCAGAUCUGUCAGAUGCAGUACCUGGCCUGGCCCGAUCACGCAGUUCCAAACGACUCCACCGAUUUCCUGAACUUCGUUAGCUUGGUGCGCAGCAAACGAGGAGACACGCUGGAACCCGUUGUAGUCCACUGCAGCGCUGGGAUCGGUCGCACCGGUGUCCUGAUCACAAUGGAGACGGCGAUGUGUCUGAUCGAGCGGAGUCAGGACGUGUAUCCUUUAGACAUCGUUCGAACCAUGAGAGACCAGCGUGCCAUGAUGAUUCAGACUUCGAGCCAGUAUCGAUUUGUUUGCGAGGCCAUCCUCAGAGUGUACAACGAAGAAAUAGUGAAACCACUCGAGCCGCCCGAACCGAUGGCCUGCGAAACCGAGGAAUGACGAGCUAGCCCCGCCCUUUAACGAAAGCAGCCAGACCUUCAUCGCCCCCUGCAGGACGGCGGCAGAAACCACCCCUGUGAAUUCGAAGGCAGGCAACAAAAGCACUAUUUGCACUUUACAAAUGACCUCUGGGGGGAUUUACUAUGAAGGCGGACGCAUCAGGAUUCUGCGUUUUCAGAACUUUUUGACGAGGAAAAAUAAUCAUAAUACGAUAACAAGUAACUUCUUGUGUGAUAGUGCCAUACACUGAAAUGAGCCACAGUCCAAGCAGGAGGAAACUGAUCAGAAUGCUAUGCGUGUUGCUAUUUUAGCGGGUUAAAAACGCCCCUCGUCCUCCAAAAAGACUCCCUUUACACGAAGCUAAGCCUGUGCUUUGAAAACAACCCAGUACUACUGCUUUUACGUGCCAUCGUUAAGUCCUGAUUCACAUAAACGUUAUAGGCUAAGCAAACGAAGCUGAGCGUUUAGCUACUGUAAACAGUGUAUGAAACAAUCGGUGUAAAUAACAAUCUCGGGAUGUUCCUGCCUGCAAAACACUACUGUAACGUUUGCCUGUAAGACACAACGACUCAGGCUGACUGCUUGGGUCUCCCGUUUGCAAGACACACGAUUUUUAAACGUGAUUUUAAACGUUUCGGGCGUACGGUAUUAUUCGUGCUGAUUUUAUCACCCUUGUAGCUCGAGAGGAAGCUACGAUUGAGGUCAGAGGUUUGUAUACACUUACAGGGACUGUAUUUCAUGGUAGUCUUUGAGUCUAUGACUUCUUUCAUACGUUCAUGGCAUGGCGUCCUACUUAAUUGACUACAGCAAGUGACGUCUGUGUGCCAAGGCCAGAAGAAAUAUCCAAACUGUCACUUUAUGCUCAUAGGAACCUUCAAAAACGGAUCGUCCAUGAAUUACUGACCCAAAACGUCAGGCUAAAAUUAAGUUUACAAUGGUCUACUUCAAGUCCUGACCUAAAACUGGACUGGACAAUAAGUGGACUGUAUUGAAAAAUGAUCAUGAGCGUGCUGAGCAUCUUAUUCCAAUACUAUGGCUAUUAAUAUGUAAAUGGUCCCAUACCUCUGUGGGAAUUUGUGCCCAAAUGUGUUAACACUGAUCAGCCAUAACAUUAA